UUACAACACGAAAUUAAGGUUAAUUUCGAGUUACAACACGAAAUUAAGACUAGCUUAUUACUCAGUAUUUCAAUUAAUUACUGUUUGAGGCACAUGACAGUUAAGAAUUAGAGUAGGUGAUUACGUGUCAUCUCUAUCUUUUAGACCGACUUAAGUAGAAUAAUAACUCAAAGUAAGCGAAUUUUGUUAUAUUUCUUUGUGAACCAUGGGUGAAGAAAACUGCUUGGAACAGAUGAAUUUGUCUUUGGAAGAGUUCUUAAAGACGAGAGGCUUAUCGAAUGAUGAAAUUGAAAAUAUGAAGUUAGAAAAUAUUGAUGAAGCCACCAUUCAAGUAAUGGACGAGGAGGUAUUCAAGAAAUACAUUCCUCGAUUAGGGGACAGAAUAGCGGUGAAAAACUUUUGCCAGAGGAAGCUAUUACCCAAAAAAAAUGGCUUAAUUGAAAAGCUACGCCAAAAAAUGGCUGCCAGAAAUGCUAGAAGUGAUAAUAAAGGAGCAUCUUCUCACGUAUUGGAGCCGAAGAAGCAUAGAAAGACGACCAGAGCUAUUGAAUUGGGAUUUAUGGCGUUCAAUGAUACCACAAAACAACUAACGCAAGUUAGACUUAACAAAGGGGGAGGCACAAGAAAAGUCGACGUAGAUAGGACAAGCAAAAAUAAAGAUAUUUUGGAAUUUGCAAAAAAAUUAUUUUUCCCUAACAAUAUUUCAAAGACUUUUGGGCCUAUUGAAAACUUCACAAUAAGUCUGCUUGAUUUUUGCAAGAGCCCAGUGGAUACCGACUUAACUGUUGAGGAAAUGUACAAUGAAACCAAAGUAAAUAAAUUGCGGUUUUAUUUAUCCAUUGUUAAAUGCAAAGAAGGCGGUAAUGAUCUUCCUCUGGUAGAUGACAGUAGUGAGAAUGAGAUGGUCUUCGAUUUAUGUGAUGACUUUGAAAACGACAUUGUUUCCAACCAAUCAACUCAACCCAGCACGGUUGCUUAUAGAGAAGACGAUAUCAACCAACCUUCAACCAGCAAUAUUUCCGGAUAUUUAGCUUCGUUUAUUGAAGAGAAUAUCAAUCUCCAGAGUCAUCAGGAGGACAUGGUUUCAUUUCGUCUUGAUCACAAUGAUACUUCACCUGAAUUUUUUAAUCUGCACACUGUAGAUAUAGGUUCACUGCAUGACAAUGACAUGUCAGAAAAAAGUUCAACUGAGAAAUUAAUUUUACAUAGAGGAAAUGUAUUCAGAGAACUUAUAGAUGCGGUAAAAAACAGAAACAUUAGUUUUAAAAACAUGCAAAUAGAAAUGGUACUUCCGAAUGGCAAGACGGAAUUGGCAGAAGACUUGGGCGGUGUUUUACGAGAUACAAUAUCUGAAUUUUUUAAUACUUUUUAUGAAACAUGUACAAUGGGUACGGAAUUGAAAGUACCAUGCCUAAGACAUGAUUUUCAGAAAGAGGAAUGGAGCGCUAUAGGCCACAUUAUUAAAGAGAGCUUUGUUUCUGAAAAAUAUUUCCCUAUAAGGAUAGCUCCCGCUUUCUUCAAGUCUUCCUUAGAUGAACCAAUAGAUAAUGACGAAGUUUUGGAAAAUUUUCUUAAGUUUGUCUCACAUUCAGAUGCUGUAUUACUGAGAAACUCAUUACAGAAUUUUGAAGAUGCCGAUGAAGAUGACCUUUUAGAAUUUUGUACCAAUUACGAUGCAAAAUGUUUGCCCAAUAAACAUAAUUUAAAAGUUAUGUUGGAGCAAAUAGCAAAGGAAGAGAUACUUCAAAAACCGUCCUUUGUGAGGGAAUGUAUAAGACCACACUUAAAUUAUAUAAAACAUAUAUUGAACAUAGAUUACAUUUUUUCGGCUUAUCAGCCAACUGACAGAAACAUAAUAUCCCUUUUUAAAGUGGACGAAAACUUGUCUCACGAUAAAAAGCAAAUUGUUCAGUUUUUGAAGAAAUUUAUUAAAGAAAGCGACGAAAAAACUCGAUCAUCUUUUCUGAGAUUCUGCACAGGGUCAGAUCUUCCAAUAGGGAAAAUCACAAUUGAUUUCAUUAGUACUGAUGGAUUUGCACGGGUUCCAAUAGCACACACUUGUUCAAGCAUACUACAAAUUCCGACAACCUACGAAAAUUUCCUAACGUUCAGGAAUGAGUUUAACAAUUUAUUAAGUUCCAAUGUAUGGGUGAUGGAUAUGGUAUAAGUUAGAAGUUACCCAAAACCUUAUAAUACUGAAAUGUAUUUCUCGAAACACAGAUAUUUUUCUUUAUUUAAUUUAACAACUUCAAGUAGAACUGUAGUAGAGUAUGUUAAAUGAGGUCAUAUUUCAU